CUUUGACGCUGUCAAUGAAACAAACGCAUUGUUGUGUUGAUAUUGAGAGGUUAGAAAUUACAAUCACGUAUUUUACUAUAAAUAAAUAACCAUGGCAGCGGAUCCUCUGGAUGAACUACUACAAUUCUUAAAGCCUGAGGCUCGUAUCGACUUAAGACACAUUGCUUUGGACCACUUAGUGGGACUAUCUGGCACGGAAGAAGGAAUAACAACUUUGUUAUCCCACGACAAAAUAAUACAAAGCAUUAUCAAUUUAACCGACGAUAAAAUAGAAGAAGUGGCUAAAAACGCGCUACUAAUACUGGUGAACAUCACAGCGAACCCUAGAGGCGUUAUAGAGCUCCUAAAAUACAAAUCAGAUGGAAACAAAAACAUCGUCAAAUUGUGUAUAGGUUAUGUUUUGAAUCCGGAGAAAAAGGAUGCAGACGCGGCUGCAAUGAUACUUUCCAACAUUACUAGAGUCGAAACGGAACUAGAAAGUAUUCUAGACGCAUUCCUACCACAUUUGAACGACAUAUUAAACGCUUACGUGAACAUAAACUUCAACAAAAAAGGUUCUAAUCUAAACUUCAUUGGGCCAAUGAUUUCUAACCUAUCCUGCUGCCACAGUAUAAGAAAAUGGCUAACAGAAGAAAACCCACACAUUCCAUUGAUAAAACUUCUUCCGUUCUGCAGUUAUGAGCUCUCAAAUAUACGAAGAGGUGGAGCGAUGGGUACAAUAAGAAAUUUAUCCUUCGACCCUGAGUUUCAUGACUUUCUACUCAGCAAUGACUUGGAACUACUUACAUAUCUGUUAAACCCAAUAAUGGGAGGCGAAGAAUACAUUGAUGAGGAGAUGGACACGUUACCGAUAUCGCUACAGUACUUACCGAAAGAAAAACAACGGGAGAAUGAUAUAGAUAUCCGGAAAAUGAUUCUGGAGACUCUUAAUAAGUUUUGUAUGAGAAGGAAAGGACGGGAGUUCUUAAGAGACAACGGAGUUUACUACGUGUUACGGGAGUAUCACAAAUGGGAGACAGAUCCUAAAGUAAGACUUGCUUGUGAGAACGUAGUUGAUAUUUUGAUACAAAAGGAGGAUGAGGUCGGUGCUGAGGACUUAUCAGCGGUCGAAGUGCCCGAUGACAUGAAGGAGAAGUUUGAGAAGAUGGACGAGGAUUAUAUACAGGAGAAAUAAAUGUUUAUUUAUAUAUGUUA